AAACGGGAUAAUAUUACUAACCACCUCCCAUGUUAUGGCGAGGGUUCCUCACGCCAACGGAAACCCCAAACUUCUGCGCUGGCUCAGCGGAGGCCGCUUUUAUAGUCACUCGCCUUUGCCAUGCAGCGCAGGCGCGCUGGAGCCCGGACCGCGCUCGCCGAGCCUGCAGGUUCCCGACUUCCGGUUCCGAGGCGACCCCGAGGCCAGACUGAGACUAAUGGCGGCGUCCAUGAAGCAAGCCACCGGGGGCGUUGAAGAGACCGCGGCGGAAGAGGAACCGCGAGUUCUGGAACCCGGGGCCGCCCCAUUCGGAAAUUUCCCUCAUUAUUCCCGCUUCCACCCUCCAGAGCAACGGCUCCGCCUCCUGCCUCCAGAGCUGCUUCGCCGGCUCUUCCCUCAGAGUCCAGAGACAAGGCCGAUCCUGGGGCUCGACGUGGGGUGUAACUCCGGGGAUCUGAGUGUGGCUCUAUACAAACAUUUCCUUUCCCUACAUGAUGGGGAGACCUGCUCAGAUGCCUCAAGAGAGCUCCAUCUCCUCUGCUGCGACAUAGAUCCAGUCCUGGUGGAACGAGCUGAAAAAGAAUGCCCUUUUCCUGAUGGCUUGACCUUUAUCACCCUGGACUUCAUGAAUCACAGGACCCGGAAAGUUCUCUUGAGCUCUUUCUUAAGCCAGUUUGGAUGCUCAGUUUUUGAUAUUGGCUUCUGCAUGUCAAUAACCAUGUGGAUUCAUCUGAACCAUGGGGACCAAGGCCUUUGGGAGUUCCUGGCCCACCUUUCUUCCCUGUGCUGCUACCUCCUUGUGGAACCACAGCCCUGGAAGUGUUAUCGGGCAGCUGCAAGGCGUCUCCGGAAGCUGGGCCUCCAUGAUUUUGACCACUUCCGCUCCCUAGCUAUCCGAGGUGAUAUGGCUAAUCAGAUUGUGCAGAUCUUGACCCAGGACCAUGGCAUGGAAUUAGUAUGCUGCUUCGGCAACACCAGUUGGGACCGAAGCCUUCUGCUCUUCAGGGCAAAACAAGCCACAGAGACUCAUCCGAUCCCUGAAUCACUGAUAGAAGAAGGGAAAGAAAGGAACAGAAUAAGAUUCUGGAGACAAUGAGAUGGGAGGGAGGAUAGAGAUAUUGAAAGGGGUUUAUACAAAGAAUUAAGUUCAUUCUCCUUAACUCCUGAUAGUUAGGCAGCUUUAAAACUUGGCAGAAGCUUUUUAAAUGUCCAGGACAUGCAAUUAAAAGAAUCAUCAUCUUCCUCAUUUGGGGGGAUGAUCCCUGAGGAGAAUAUACCUGUGAGGCAAUGAUCUGUCCUAUCUGGAAUGACCUAGAGAAAGUGACCCUGGUUCUGGGAUAUGCAAGGGGCUGCUUUUGGUGGUUAUUUAGGAAGACUUAGACCAGGUUAGCCUUAGAAUGUCCCUUCCCUGGGCUCCUUAAAUCUGAUCUGCCUUCAGGCUUCUUCUAGACUUACUCAUCCUGUCUAUGAGACAAAACCUCACAAUACAAUCUGGAAUGAAAAGUCAUUGGCCUGGCUAAAGGAGAAGCUUUGGUAGGAAGAACAUCUUUCCAGAGCAGGUCAAGUUUCCAACAUGCCCAGGCUGAGCACAGCAGUUACAGAUACAGUACUAACCAAGAUGCAUCGACUAGCAUUUAAAAGAUGUUUAAAAGAUUAAAUUAUGAACUCAAAAUCCAACCGGUACAAAUGAAAUGAAUGAAGUGGGAUUGUGUAGAAUACAUACAAUUAUAUUUUAUAUAUAAUAAAAGUGACUUGAGUAUGGUUGAGAAUACCCUGUGAAUCUGGAGUAGGAAAGAAAUUUCUGCCUUUAACCACUCUACCCAUGGAGGUUUCAACUCAAGAAAAGGAACCUCACCCAAGCUCAAAACAGAAAACAUGCCAGCGAGUAAGUUAAUUCAGGACUUUUUUUGUCAGUGUCCUCUGUCAAAGCACACCAGUAUGGAGGUGGGGGGCAUACACCGGUAUGGGGGGUGGGAAUACGUGCAGAGAAGCCUACACAAAAUGCAGCCUACAAUUGGAUGGCUACAGCGUCAGUGCUGUGGGAUAGGUGUCACUGAUGUGUGGCAGGUGUUGAUUUUUAAAACACCCAUGAGUCCACUUCAAGGGAAAGUGAAAGAUAGAGAAGAUUUGGUGGAGAGAAGAUGGAAAAACAAAACAUACCUAGCUAAGAAGGGAGAUUGGAUUGAUGAGCUUCACAAUCUCUAAGAUCCUAUUGUUUUCUGAGUUGAUGCUGUAGAAGGAGGAACAGGGAACAAGAGAGUCUGAACCACCAAAGAGAGGUUGGACUUUUUGAAGAAGUUAGUAAAAGUUCCUACUAAGGAAUUUGAACUUUAUGCAGAGAGAGCAGAAGCCAGAGCAGUUCCUAAAUAAUAGGAGGAUGGAACCAAAACCUUCAUUUAGGAAAACCAGUUUUUCUAUUUUGUGCAGGAUAAUUGUAUGGUUGGUGCCAUUUCCAGUCUCAAUUAGGCUCUAAUACUACUUCUCAGUCUUUUUAUAUUGCUGCUCCUGAUCACUUUUAUCCUAGUGACUCUUCCAGACUUUUACCCUUCUGCAGGCAGGCUCUUGACUCUAUUCCUGCUCCAUUCUCCAUUCAUCUAAGCAGGUGACCUAACCACCAACUAGUGCCAUUUUUGUUUACUGUGUCAGGAAGUCUUUUCUUGCCCUCAGUCUUGAACCCCUUCAUCUUCCCUUGUUUUCACUUCUAAACUUACCCAGUGAGCUUUUACCCAAAUAACCUCUGCCUAAGUUCCAGAUCCCAACCUCUACUACCUCUCCCAAAUUGUAUUUUAUUAAGGAUCCCCUUGGUGUCUCCUUGGCCUCAUUGAACGUUCCUGUCCACCUACCAACAUGCUCAGUUCUCUCUCACCUUCAAAACCACCAACUUUUCCUGUGUCCUAUCUCCCUCUCAGCCUUAUGCAAUCUCCAUCUCUUCACCACCGUACAUGAGCAAAGCCCUUGAAAGAAUACAUGCCACCACCUCUGCUUCCUCAUCUCCCAUUCAUCAGUAGCCACCUGAAUGCCAUAUUUUGAGGCCUAUUUUCAGUCUUCCUCCUGGGCCAUGAAACCAUUCAACACUAUUGACUCCUUCCUUAUUGAAUCACGCUCCCUUUAAUUCUCUGCCAUUCUCUGCCAUUAUUCUCUUCCAAUCUUUUAGUUUCUCUCUACACCUUAAGCAAUUGGUUCACAUUUUAAUUUGCAUAAGCAUUACCUGGGGAGUCCUGGAUUCAUCUCUAGAAACUGUGAUUCAGGUCAGAAAUGGGGCUCAGGAUUCUGGUUUGGUUUGAUUUGGGGUUUUUUGCAAUUUUUAUUGAGGAAAAAUAUAUGUAACAUAAAAUGUACAAUUUUAACUGUUUUUGUUUGUUUGUGGUACGCGGGCCUCUCACUGUUGUGGCCUCUCCCGUUGCGGAGCACAGGCUCUGGACGCGCAGGCUCAGCGGCCAUGGCUCACGGGCCCAGCUGCUCCGCAGCAUGUGGGAUCUUCCCGGACUGGGGCACAAACCCGUGUCCCCUGCAUCGGCAGGCGGCCUCUCAACCACUGCGCCCCCAGGGAAGCCCUUAACUGUUUUUAAAUGUAUAUUCUGUGGCAUUAAAUACAUUCACAAUGAGGAAUCUUUUUAACAGGCAUGCCAUAUGAUUAUGAUGCAAGUUGAAACAGACCACACUUUGAUGCUUAGAGUUCCUUAGGGUCCAUCCAGUCCUCUUCUACAUUUUUUUCCUGGGGUGAGUUCCUCCACUCCCAUACCUUUAACAACUACCUAUAUGCUAAUAACCCCCAAUAGUUAUAAGCCCCACCUUCACAAUUCCAGAUUAAUAUUUUUCCUGUUUUGUAGUCAUAUUCCCCUAGAUAGUUCUUUGGCACCUCAAAUUCAAUGUACCCCAAAAGCAAACUCAUUACCCUCAUUCCAAACCUAAUCCUAUCUCAAUUGUUGGCAUCCACCCAUUGCUCAAGCUACAAACUUCAGUUAAUUCUCCUCAUUUUUACUUCCCACAUUGAAAUAGUCACAAAGUCCAGUGAAUUCUACCAAUAACAUGUAAGUUCCACUUAUUUCAUCCAUGUGGCUGAUGCCUACCAAAGGUUUCUAUGUUAAGUCCUCUACCCUCCGAUCCAUUGUCUUGCUGCUAGUGUUCCCUUUCUCAAAUAUUUAGCUAUGCUAGUAUUAUGCUUAAAAACCUUCAGUGGUUUCCUAGUGCCUAGAGUCCUGUCCUUUAUCCAGUGCCUAAACCAAUAUUGUUCAAUAAGGUAGCCGCUUGCUAUUUAAAUUUAAAUUAAGGAAAAUGAAAUAAAAUUUAAAAUUCAGCUCCUCAGUCCUACUAGCCACAUUUCAGGUGUUCAGUAGCCCCAUGUGACUAGUGACUACCUUAUUGGACAGCACAGAUAUAGAAAAUGUCCAUUGUUGCAGAAAGUUGUAUAGUACAGUGCUAGUCUUCAUGCCUUUCCUCUACACAUCAGCCACACUGAACUUCUUAGCACAAACUCCUGCUUCCCUUCUCUCUCCCCCACCUCUCCCACUUUGCAAUGUGGUUCAACUGUUUGUCCUAAAAAUGGCUCAGAUAUUACAUUUUCUCAAAAAUCUUCCCCAACUCCUAUAGCAGUUUGCAUUUGUUACUAUAUUCUAGUGAGGAUUUUGUGUAGAGACCUCUAUCACAGUGUUUACCUCAUCAUAUUAUAAUUGUUUCUGUGCCUCUUCCCCACCACCAGGAGACUGAGCUCCUCAAGCCCAACUUAGUUUUGUAUACCUAAGCCUAGCUCAAUGUCUGACACAUGGCAGGUAGCUGAGAAUUACUGGUUGAAUGAGUAUAUGAGUGAACAAAAAAGAAAUGCACCCGAAUUCAAGUACUGAGAAGAAAAGGGAGAUAUAUGAUUGGGCAAAAGACUGCCCAGGAUACUGGGCACAGUGGUUAAGAAUCUGCCUGUCAAUGCAGGGGACAAGGGUUCAAGCCCUGGUCCAGGAAGAUCCCACAUGCUGUGGAGCAACUAAGCCCUUGUGACACAACUACUGAGCCUGCGCUCUAGAGCCCGUGAGCCACAACUACUGAGCCCCCGCGCCACAACUACUGAAGCCCAUGUGCCUAGAGCCCAUGCUCCACAAGAGAAGCCACUGCAUUGAGAAGCCCGCGCACCGCAACAAAGAGUAGCCCCCGCUCGCCACAACUAGAGAAAGCCCGUGUGCAACAACGAAGACCCAAUGCAGCCCCCCACCAGGGAAGCCCCAACAUAACUUUUAAAAUCCUUAACCCUAUUGGGGUAGAUACUAUUAUCAUCCUCAUUUUGCAGAUGUUGGAACUGAAGCACACACAGCUUAAGUGACUCUCCCAAGGUCACGUACCUUGUAAGUGGCAGAGCUGGGCUUACCUAGGCAGUGUGGCUGCCGAGACUGGGCCUUGGCUACUAUCCCUUGAAAUGUCAUGGAAAUCAAGACCGAGAAGAGACUCCAGAGAGCCAGUGUAAAAGAGCAUGGGCUUUGGAGUUACUGUGCUUCCUCAAAUUAUGUGUUCAGACCUGGGAAUAAGAGACCCAGCCAGGCCACUCUUAGCUAUCCCUGAUGUUCUUAGAAUUCCCCUCGCAGAAAUCAGGCCUAAUUCUAGGUUGAGUACCCAGUAGCACCCCUGCUGCUGCCUACCAGUUAAAUAGGCACAUACAGCAAACAUAGACUCUUACGUCUCCAUAAGUGCUAACUACCCUCUUACUGUACCCUUGACUUGCCAGCAACCCUGACCUUCCCCUGAAUUCCCAAUCUGCCCCUAGCUUUGACUUCUGGGUAGGACCUCAAAAAAGUGGAUUUCGGGCUUCCCUGGUGGCGCAGUGGUUGAGAGUCCGCCUGUCGGUGCAGGAGACAAGGAUUCAUGCCCCGGUCCGGGAAGAUCCCACAUGGCGCGGAGCGGCUGUGCCCGUGAGCCAUGGCCGCUGAGCCUGCGCGUCCGGAGCCUGUGCUCCGCGACAGGAGAGGCCACAGCAGUGAGAGGCCCAUGUACCGCAAAAAAAAAAAAAAAAAGUGGGUUUCAUCCUCAGGAGGUAGGGAUUUCAAGGCCAACUCUAGGAUGUAUUAAAAUCCCAAGAUCGGUUAGCUCCUCCUCAGCCUUCUGAGAUUGAGUUUGGCCUGGGAACAGAGCAGUGAAAAGAACAUCAGGUUUGGAACCAGGAUCUGCCAGUAACUCAUUGUAUGACCACCCUAUUCAAUUCAUUUAACCUUUCUGAGCCUCAGUUUACUCAUCUGUACGACUGAAAUAACAAGACCUUCCUUUUCCUAUGCCCAAAUGUGCUAAAGGAUAUGAUGGUAAUUUGCAGAAUAUGGAUUGUUAAAGUGCUGUUACAUUCUAAGCAUGCUACAGACCACAACCAUGCCUGUUAGAUCAAAGACUUAUGAGAAAAACAUCUCAUCUCUGUAGAAAACAUGCAUCUUACUAUUUCAAAUAAUUUGUUUUUUAAGAUGAGGGAGUAAUAAGUAGUUCAACUUCAGCCUACAGAGCAUUUUAAAGGAAGCAGUGGUGGGAGGGAGAGAGUGAUCAUUGCUAAUGGAAAUGAGGUUUAUGAUGGUCGCAGAGUGAUAACUGAUUAUAGACGUGAAUUUACCUACUUCUCUGUAGAUCUUAAUUUAAGAACACUUUGAAACCUUGUGACCCUGCUGGUGCUCUCUCCCUUCACCAAGGCAGUGCAAAGAAAUAUAUAUGGUUCGGGGGCAGGCUGAAUACUGGUCCUCCAAAGUGUCCACAUCCUAAUCCCUGGAACCUGUGAACGCUACCUUAGAUAGCAAAACGGACUUUGUAGAUGUGUACAGUUGUGUAGAUUAAGGAUCUUGAUUAAGGAUUAAAGAUUUUGAGAUCAAGAGAUUAAUCUGGAUUAUCACGGCUGGCCCUAAAUGUAAUCACAAGUGUCCUUAUAAGAGGAGGGCAAAGGGAGAUUUGACCACAGUAGGUGUCAUGACAGAAGCAAGAGGUUGGAGUAAUGUAAGGAAGGGCUACAAGCCAAGAAAUGCAGUUAGAAAAGGCAAGGAAAUGGAUUCUCUCCAGAAGCCUCCAGAAGGAAUGCAGCCCUGCCAAUACCUUGAUUUUAGACUUCUGAUCUGUAAGAGAAUAAAUUUGUGUUGUUUUAAACCA